AUGCUCUGCCAUGUAUCAUAUGUAUCAUCUCUACCUUCGGAGGUAGUAGAACGGGCCUCCAGUGUAAAUUGAUAUAAUAAGGGUGGUGGUGGGCAAGAACGUGCUCUGUUAA